GUAUGGAGUUGAACCAGCCGACUCUGCCAAACAUCCGCAAAUGGAAGGGCCCUAGAGGAUGCUGGAAGGGUGUUGUUUCCGAGAAACCCUCAGGCGAGCUACAUAAGGGUGUCGAAUAUUCUGGCUUCCUCUGGGACACGACGGCUGGCAUCGAGCUGAAGGAUGCCUCCUCCCAGGAAAACGCACACACUAAUGGCAAUGGGAAACACGCCUACCCUCACCCUUACCUUGCACAUUUCAAGAUUGGAAUGAAUGAUCUAACACUGGUUAACCUUCAUCUGGCCCUGUCACCAUUAGCAGGAGAGAAUACAGAGAAGAAUCAUGAUAGCCACAAAUUAGCAGCCUUUGCACAGACUCUGCAAGAAACACUGAAAGGAGAAAAAGAUGUGAUCAUUUUAGGAGAUUUUAACCAAGCCCCAGACAGCAGUGACCUCGAUCUUUUGAGAAAAGAAAAGUUCCAUCACCUGGUCCCUGCAAAUACAUUUACAAACAUCAGCACAAAGAAUCCUCAGGGAUCUAAGUCGCUGGAGAACAUCUGGAUCAGUCGAAGCCUGAAAAAGGUCUUCACAGGUCACUGGGCUGUUGUGAGAGAAGGCCUUACAAAUAUAUGGAUCCCUGAUAACUGGUCCUGGGGAGGAGUGGCUUCAGAACACUGCCCUGUAUUAGCUGAAUUUUACAUGGAAAAGGACUGGAACAGAAAAGAGGUGACCCGAAAUGGAAACGGGGUGACCGUGGAACGCAGUGACUCAAACAUUAAACAUGAACGAUGAUGAACUAGAGGUUGACAGGAUCCAGUCAGAAGAUCCCAUCGCUUGAGGCUCAACUGUGAAGCAGAACUGCCUUCCCCCCCCCUCCAUUUAGAAAGCAUCAGCCUCUGCUUCUGAUGAUGUCUCUCCCCUACCCUCCCCCCCCCCACCCUCCCAGUGCCCCUCAUGGGUGUUUUCGGGUAUCUCACUGCAGCAGAGCGAUUUGUAACUUUUUACGGACGCAACGGACGCUUUCACGCCUGGGGACUUGGAGGAGAAUCAUACAGAAAAUAAAAUGCACUUUUACUGCGGCACAUUAUCUCUGUUAAAACCCAGCGGAACAGGGCUUUUGUUGUUGUUGACGUUUUUAAUUGAUUCCUUGUAAAGUGAAGCAAUAAUGGAGACCAUAAAAAGAGAAAAGAGACACCUUGGAAACUGUCAGUGAUUUGUCGAGUAUAGUUUAACACUUGCAAAAACUGCCAUGACGUAACUUUUCUUUCCGACCAAUACAUGAUCUGAACUGGGGAUUACAUAGGGCUAGUUUGAGUCCUUUGAUCUCGGAGAGGCAAACGUAUUCCCCAGUUCUCCCGUUGCUCUUGAAGGUGGAGAGUAAUUUACUUCAUCCUUUUUCAGAUUCCAGCUUACUCCUCCUGUGCACCCAGCCAGCUACUCAAGCUGGCAAUGAGUGGGCAGAGCCAAAGUUGCUGCUCCUCUCUGCCUCCUCGCUCACAGGGUAAAAUAUUGGUGGAGCAGCCCCUGCUUCCCAGCCUGCAGAUGGAGCUGUAAUCUGAGUAACCCUAGUCCGGCUGAGCAGAGAAUUUGCGGUGGUUUUGGAGCCAAUCUAGCCCAUAGUAUUUAUCCAUGAGUUUUUAACAAACAGCUGUCUCCAUGGUGCAGUGGUGCACGUCAGUGGGCUGUGAAUGCUAAUGCUAACCAACAUUCUCAGCCAGGACUAAAUUAACAUUCCUGAGAGAACUUUGAGUGCACACCAGCAGGGUCUACACAGGCCAUUAGUUUGUGACACUUUGGUGCACAUUAGAAUUCACACCCCACUGAGACGCACUACCACCUCAGGUAGGCAAGCCCUUUUUCUUUCCUGAAAGCAGAGGGAAUACAGUCCUAGAAUUGUGAAGCUUAAGGCCAGAAGAGACCACAAGCUCAUCUAAUCUGAUCUCCUGUAUAUCACAGGCCACUAAUACCACCCAGCACCCACACACUAAACCCAACAACUGAAAUUAGACCAGAGUAUUACAGCCCACUAGAGACUGGACUGUUAUGGGCUGCAGGCAGAGAACAGGAGGGACUGAGGUGCACCAAUACCCAAGGCCACCACCGUCUUAGGGGAAAUGAUUAAAUGAGGUCUGUCUGGACAGUCCUUUCUUGAACAUGGUGUGAAGUGUGGGGCAGUGCUGGGGGAAGUUUGUUUCCCUUACCUGUCCUGUGGCGAGAGGACUUCAGUCAACAGGCUGUCAAUCUAGUGGCUGGAGCCAAGCACUACAUUUGCACAUAUGCACAAUUCUCAAAGUAAUUAUUGAAAAGCAGGAGACAUAAAGCCAACCAGGAUAUGAAAGAGCAAAUCAGCAUUUACCGAAGGAAUGUGUUGAGUUUGAAAGGAGCCCUAGCCCUGCCAAAUGGCCUGCUAAGGUGCACUCUGUUCUAGGCUCUAACAGAUGAUCCAGCACAUUUUCACGAUUCAUGAAAAGAAAAGGUUUAUAACAUUGUGCUAUGGAGAAAAAAUAAAUCACAGCUUUCUAUCUGA